UUAAAUAUAAAAACGUAACAGAUGUCUUUGUAUAAAGAUGUUCUUGUGUGAAUCGUGUUGUAGUUGUAGGCCGUUUUCCGUUACUGUGAUGUUAUUACAGUUAUUUGUAGUUUUGGGUUUGUGCAGGUUUCUCUCCCGUCAUUGAGUCACGCAGGCUAUAACCGCGGAGAAUGUUCUGGCAGAUGUGUAAUUAUUGUGUUCUUGUUUCAGUGGAAUAAACGCGGUGGAAUAAUCGCAGGAUGCUAACGCAUUAGUCUGGGAGGAGUUUGGUGUUGAAGAAGGACGGACCCCGUCACCGCUUGACGUCUCUGCCACAGCGCUAAUCUCAGCGAGCGGCCAUGUCGAACAUAAACAGUGCGCUCUGCAUCGAGAGCGGCGCUAACGCAGACGUGUCUCUGUUACAAAAGGACGCCCUUCAGGAAGCCGGAUUAAACCAGCUGUUGGAUUACAAUGCAGAGAUCGAACGUUACCGCUCUUUCGCAAACUUUUACAAAACCAACGGUGCAUUUCCACAAAGCGCCAAGAUCGCUCGCAUCACCACGCCCAUCUUUCCCAGCGCGCGGAUCGGUGUUUCGCCGUGGAACUGUGACAACGCCGUGCUCUGGGGACGCAAAUCGGCGCCGAUCCACCCGCACAGAACCAGGAGCGAUUCGUCUCAGCGGCCUGGGAAACCCGAGACCCUGCAGAUGGCGAACGGUAACUUCCUGUCCACGUUAUCGCCGGAGCACUGCAGGCCGUUAGCGGGGGACUGUGUCAACAAGCUGAAGUGCGGCAGCGCUGCUGAAGAGAUCAUGAACCCGGCAUUCUCUGCCCUCCCGGCUCUCGGGGGCAUCUCUUUACCCCCCGGGGUCAUCGUCAUGACAGCGCUGCACUCUCCCGCCGCUGCGUCCGCUGUCACGGACAGCGCGUUUCAGAUCGCCAACCUGGCAGACUGCCAGCAGCACAAUAAUAAUCACAGUAAUCACAUUUCCUCUCCCGCAUCCGGAGGAAACGCCGCCAAGAAAAAGAGGAAGCGCUGCGGCGUGUGCGCCCCCUGCAGGCGGCUCAUUAACUGCGGCGUCUGCAGCAGCUGCCGAAACCGCAAGACCGGACACCAGAUCUGCAAAUUCCGCAAAUGCGAGGAGCUGAAGAAGAAACCAGGCUCGUCACUCGAGAGGACGCCGGUGAGCAGCGGGGAGGCGUUUCGAUGGUUCUUCUAGUCCCAAAGAAACACACCGUCAUGCGACAUUAUUCAAUAACUGACUUGAAGAAAUGGAUUUAAUGGUUCGAGAACCUGAAACUGAAACCAAGCGUCGCCGGAGGAACGACGGAAACCACAGAAACGAGAGACAGACUGUAAGAGAUAGAGAAAGGAAGAGAGAGAGAGAGAGAGGUGGACGAGAGAAGGUUUAAUUCUGUAAUUUGUUUAUUUCUUGUGUAAUUUUCAGUGUCUCUGCGUGUUCAGUGUCGUGGCUGUUCGAGCUACAGAUGCUAACUUAUAGACAAUCAGCACCCGGAAUAAACCAUUCAAAUGGAAUAUACCAUUCACCUGGAAUACACCAUUCACACGGAGGACGGCGUGAUCACGCUGAAUGUCUUGGAGCUGUGAGUCGAGGUGACUGAAGGAGAACAGGAGGACAUCUACGAAGCUGGAAUAAACCAUUCCCGAGGAGAGGGGGGCGGGGGGGGAUCAGAUACAAUCUGUCUGUCUGUUCAUCAUAUGAGCCUUCUAUCCUUGGUUCUAUCCUUCUAUUUUUCUGCUCUCUGUCUUUAUCCAUGUAGCUAGAACAAUCCUUUCCAGAAGAGAAGAGAAGAGAAUCUGAUAGUCUCUCUCUCUCUUUUUGUGUACGUAGACCAAACCAUUUCUCAACAUUGGGGAAGAUCGGAUUUUCUGAUAUACUAUUUGUCUAGUGGUCCAUUUACCGCUCUGUUCAUGUAUCUGUUUGCACAUCCAUCCAUACAUCCAUCCAUCCAUCUAUGAAUGGAACAAACCAUUUCUGAUCAGAGAAUGAUCAUUUAUGAUCUACCUACAGCGUCCCACGAUUG